UGCAGAAAUCGACAACACUAGUGAAUAACAACACGGUGUUCCGCUGCUCCUUCUUACUUAUAUUGACUUUACCCACCUCCUGGUGGAUAUAUCAUGCCAGCCAGCGUACGUUACCAACCAGUUCCAUUAUCAGACGAGGAGAACAGUGAGAGCAUGUCAGACUCCAUGGCCAGUCAAAGGCUGGAUGAGGCAGCAGCAGCCAGUGCUGCUCCGCCACCGUACUCUGUUACAGAUGACAAUGAAGGUUCAGCUCGUACAACCAUGGAUGACAUUCCUCCCCCAAAGCCAGAUAUGCAUGCUCCUCCACCAUAUGAAGAAUCAGAAACCAGAGAUGGAUUCACCAGUUCCAUUGCAGAACUACCAACGGAGGAGUCCUCUGAAGUGCAGCCACCAAGUUAUGAAGAAGUACAAAGGCUUAAGGCUUUGGAAGCAGCUGAAGAUUUUACUUUGCCUCUUUGCCAUGGAAAUGGUCCACUUGGUGCAGCCAACAUGACUGGAACAAGUAGUAGUGGGAUGCGAGUUCUUCGUGUUUCUUCUCUUGGAGGUCUCGACCCAGAAACUGCUGAAAUAGCUGAGGAGCAACUACUUGGCACAGACUUUAUGUUCUUUGUGGCCUUUGCAGCUGCUUUUGUCUUCAAUUGGGUAGGAUUUGUUCUGCUGCUGUGCUUCUGUCACACAGUUGCUGGUCGCACAGGUGCUUUAGCAGGCUUUGGUCUCUCCUUAGCCAAGUGGGCAGUCAUUGUUCGACACUCGACUGACUUGGUGGCUGAUUCCAACACUUGGCUUCUAUGGCUUAUAAUGGCUCUGGGAAUGCUAAUCUGUAUGCGAGCAAUCUUACAGUAUGUCCAUGCCAAACGUGAGUGGCACCAGGUUCCUCACAACUCACGACACCGCUUCUUCUUGUUCUACUGAAACUAAUCAAAGUGUUAAAAGUAUUGUGUACCACCUAUUCUGAAUAUUUUGUAUGCUUAGUAUUGUAGAUAUAACCUGAUAUUUGGUAUGUAAAUUCUGAUAAAGGCAUAUUUGUGUGUCAAGUCAUCUUCACUGGAGCAAGUAUGCUGAUGACGAGAGGACAGCCUGUUAUGCUUUGGGCAGAAACUUUAUGUAAAUGGGAAUACUGUAAGGUUUGCAAUAUUUUCAUGAUAUAUAAAUUUCAGAUUCCUUCUCAAAUUUUCAUUUUUACCUCUAAUUUUAUUCACAUCUUAUUUUUUUCAACAAAUUCCAUUUAAUCUAUUAUCGACUCCAGUAACUUCAUAGACUUUUAUGUUCACGAUUGUCAAAAUACUUAAUUCAACUUUUUUGUUGCCGUGGCCUGUCCUCGUAAUUGUCUGCUCUUUUAUAAAUUUUUUGUUAGACUGAUUGGAAAAUAUGGGUGUGAAUAUUUGCUCAGGAAGUUUCAUUAAACUUACUUUAUGCAGGUGUGAUAAAUAUUGAAAACCUAAAGUAAACACUUGACCUUCCACCAUUUCCAGAGCUAUCUGUAACUGAACAAAAAGGCACAAUUCUGUGACUGGAAUAAUACACAAAUAACCCGCACAUAGGAGAGAGAAGCAUAUGAUGUCAUCAUAUGCUUCUUUCUCCUAUGUGCAGGUUAUUAGUGUACUAUCUUUAAUGGGUUGAAUCUUGGCUGGAGUCUAUCCAAUGGGUGUGUUGUUAGUUCUGGAAAUUGAUAUAUAUUUUUUUAACAUUUCUUAAUACUUAGCACAAGAAGAUAGACAAUGUGUGUCUGUCCUGGACAAUUUUCAAGCCUUGCUUGUGUCUUGGCACUUAUUUUGUAACUGAAUUUUAAGUGAAUCAUAAAUAUUGUUUCUACAUUAGUUCAUUGAUACUUGAGGGUCUUUGCAGAAUUUUGAUAUUUAAAUCUUAUUUUAGUUGGUGGUACCAAUCUUUUAGGAAAAUAACUGAAGUAAUUGACAUCGUUUGUGAUAGAAACCAUAACAGAAAAGAAAAGCAGGUAGAUUUUAUAGUUUGACUGAUGUUCUGAAAAUUGUUCAUUUCACUGAUAAUGCAUGGAAUGAGAACUGACCAGAUGUGAAAAUAUGCUGUGUGUAAAUUAUAUCUCGUUAAAUAUUUAAAAUAGUUUUUAUAAUCGUUAAAUUGACUUAUGUUUUUUAAGCUUCCCCAUUGCAUUAACUUGUUUAUUCAGUCUUAUUUCAUAAAAUUUGGCCGUUUUAUUGGUUUUCUUGAAUUUUAUGCAUACUAUUUACAAGAGUUUUUUAACAUGUAUAAUGUGUUUCAGGGUGUGGCAAUCCAUGAAACCUGGUUUGAUGAAAAGUGCCACAUCACACAUCAUAUGUAACUAAACAUAUAACAUCUUUUUUUGUUUUGCUUUGCAUGUUUCUUUUUUGUAGCAGGAAUAGACCCAGGGGAGUAUUUACCAGGCCUGAGUUAUAAGGGGCUACUUGAGUCACUAUCAUUAGAAUUAGUACGUUCUAUCUUUUAGCUGAAUUCAUUGUUACUUCCCUUAUCAUUGCUGCAGUCACAAUCAUGUAAUGAUAUAAAUACCUUUUUUCUGUGAAGAAAUGUGUUGAGUGCUUGAGGUUGAAUGGGCAGUUACAUCUUGCAUUAGAUUGCUUGUAUUCAACUUUAAAAAUUAUUUAUCAUGUGUCAUAGUGCCAGAUGUGAUACUGAAUCUGUGCUUCCCAUAGAGCACUUUAGGUUGAAUUUUUUCCUAAGAGGAACUAAGUCACAUCUAAUCUAAACAUUUGUUUGAAGACUUUCAGUGGCAGAUCACAGGGAAAUAGAGCUGUGAUACUUGCCUAUUUAAAGAUGUGUCUACUGGUUUAAGAGUUAGUCUGAUUUUUCUUUCAUUUGAAGUAAUUAUAUAAUUCACCAAAUAAAUUUACAUUUUAGGAGUAGUAAAAAACGAAAUUUAAAUGUUUAAUCAGGGUUCUCUUAGUUGCAGUAAGAAAUAUUAGAAAAUGCAGUGACAGUUUGUGUAGUGAGGUGUGCAUGUAAUCAAUGUAAACAGAAUGUUUCCUAAAUUUCUGUUCGUCACAUGGUUUGGAGUAUUAAACACGGCAAUAUUGCAACAGCAGGGUAAAAUUGUGUUUUAGUGCAUAAGAGUCUGGUGUUAAUGCAUCACAGUUUUAGAUGUGUGUGUGUGUAUGUCAUUUUAACAAUAAUGAAACAUUAUUCUUCCACCUUAAUAUUUUUGUGUGUGUGCAUACUUGUGUUCAUGUGCAUAUGAUUCUUCAUCCUGUGUUUAUGCAUGUGUUUGAGUAUGUAAUAUUCAGGUUGAAGAAUAGUGAAUCAUCAUGGUUAAAAAAUCUUGUAGUAUAUUAUCCUUUCAUUUGUUACAUCAGCUGUUGAUAUUUCUUCAAAGGUCUAAAUCUGAUAACAUAAAACUGAGAGUAAAUUCAGUACAUUUUGUGUUCGUGUAUUAAACCAAAUUUUUUGUUAGUUAAUUAUCUUUUCUUGAUUGGUUUAUUAUAUUCCCCAUUUUUUAAAUUGAGAGAAAACUGGCUCAUCCUUUUUAAGGUCAUUAAAUAUAACUAUCUUCACAGCUCUUUUCUUCUUCUUUCAACAAACUGGCCAAAUCCCACCGAAGUAGGGUGGCCCAAAAAGAAAAACAAAAGUUUCUCUCUUUAAUUUUAGUAAUGUAUACAGGAGAAGGGGUUACUAGCCCCUUGCUCCCGGCAUUGUCGUCGGCUCUCACGACACACAUGGCUUGUGGAGGAAGAAUUCUGUUCCCCUUCCCCAUGGAGGCAAGUGGAAAUAAACAAGAACAAGAACUAGUAAGAAAACUAGAAAACCCAGAAGGGUCUGUAUACACAUAUACAGUAUAUGCUUGUACAUGCAUGUGUAAUGUGACCUUAAUGUAAGUAGAAGAAGCAAGACCUACCUGAACAAUCUUGCAUGUUUGAGACAGACACCAGCAAUCCUACCAUAAUGUAAAACAGUUACAGGCUUUCGUUUUACACUCAUUUGGCAGGAUGGUAAUACCUCCCUGGGCAGUUGCUGUCUACCAACCUACUACCUAGGUCACAUCUCUUUUAUCAGACAAUAAAUUUUAUUUGCCAGCCUUCUACUUGAGGCCAUAUGAAAGUGAAAAAUUGCAUCAACAUUUCAGUCUUGAAAGAGGAAAGUAGCAUCUUGCAUGGUAAUGUGAAAUUAAAACAUGUACAAACCACCAUGUGGCUAUAGUUUGUAGAUACAGUAUCUAAAGUGGAAAAUAUUCAGUGAGAAGAGGUUAAUUCCUUUCCUCUUUCAAUGGUAAUUCUUUCCCAACACCAAGAGCAAAUAUUUAACUGCUUGAGUAAUUUUCUAGUGCAGGCUCUGUACUUCCCACAUACAUACCUUAGAUAUAUAUAGUCUUUUCAGUUAGUAAUGUAUAAUAAUGGUAUUCUCUGAAUUAUGAUUAGCUGGAUUAUACUGUACUUUUAAAGAGAUUGGUAGAUAAUGUUACUUUGAUAAAUAAUCAUAUAUAGUUUAUUUUGGAAGUGCAAUAAAAUACUGUUAUAAUAUUUGGGGUUAAUUUUCAUAUUUCUGGUUUGUGCCCAGUCCAGUCAGAUUUUUAUUAUUAUAAUGCUCUUAUAAUUUUCCAUAUGAUAUUCAGUGUUUUGUUGUUUUAGCGUUACUAGCAGUGGAACCGACUUUAUAUAAAGCAUUUAUUUUUCAACAUCUUGAAACAUUUCAAAUCAGUUAGAGGUUUAGUUGUGGUAAAGCUCUUGGUUUUUCAUUUUGUAUUGUUCUUCAUCAAGGUUUUGGCUUUAUGGUUUAUUUCACCAACUAAUAACCAUAGUUAAAUAAUUAUUAGAAUAUUUUGUCACUUGUAAAUUAAUUCUUAUUAAUAGAACAAAUGGGGCUGAAAUGGUUAUUAGUCAUCAGUGGAUGUUUCAUAUAUAUAUAUAUAUUUUUUUUUAAAUACUUGUACUUCUAAAGUUUUGUCAUCCAGGUUGCAGUUAGGUGGACUGUUUUUAUUUUGUCAAUUAGUAUGCACUUUAUCCAUCUUUUUCAGUUAUUAGCAGUUUCGUGUUAGUGUUUGAUAUGCAUUGUAGAACCUGAAAUUCCUUGUAUGUUACUUCAUUGCAAGGUUAACAUUUUUAAUUUAUUAUUUACACACUAGAAAUUAAAAAUGUGAUAGCAGUGUUAAAUUAAAAAAAGAAUUUUCCAAUGCUAGUUCCUGAGAAGCCUCUUCCAUAAGAGGACCUAUUGUAAAAUUUCCAUACAUUUUAGAUGCCUUCAGUUGUGAAAAGAUGUUUAAAGGAGCAAACCUUGAAGCAUUUGCCAUAGAUUACCACCUCCAUGUUUGACUAUAUGUAAUAGAGCAGUCACUGUACUGAAGAAGAAGAAUCAGUAAUAUGAAAGUAAUGUGGUUUGGUCUCAGUAAGUACAUAAAAAGUAGAAGCAAAGCAGCAGAAGAAGAUUAAGGCACAAGUAGGGUUAAGACAGGUGAAACAUGCCAUCACAGAGAGGGUAUGGCAGAAAGUGAGAAAUGGUGCUUGCAGUAGCAGUACUCCACCAUACACAAGAAUAAUUACUGCAGUGGCAGUAACUGGAGCCAAGAAUCAUCACUAGACACCAGUACCCUAUACAGUACAGUGCUCUCUCAGCCAACAGCCCAACUGGCUUAUUAACUAAAUGUGGGUAUUAAUUGUUACCCUUUAAAGACUAAUUUAUUUGGUAUUGGUUUUUGAUGGAAACAAUGUUUAUUAAUUCAGUAUAUCAUUGACUACACCAUUUAGUUUACAGUAUAUCGAGAUAUUUUAUAAGUGACAGAGCAGAUGUACAUCAUGAAGUUUAGCAUUGUAAGAGUUAAGGCUAUACAGAUACUAGUAGUGAAGAAAGGAAUAAAAAGUGUAAUGGUAAAUUUCUGUGAGUAGUAUUUUAUAAUUCUGUUAAUUGAACAAGAACAAUAGAUUUUUUGAUGGUUAGAGGGAUAUGUAUACUGUACUGUAUUGAAACUUGACUUCUGUUUUACCCAGCCAUUUUAUAUUUUUUUUUUUAUGUUGUACCUCCACUUAUGUUUUCUGUUUUAGAUGUUAAUUUCAGUUUUUACAGAUGUCAUCAAUUUGAAAUUAACCCUUAAUUUGUGACUUAUAGGGACUAGCUUCACCUUUUUUUUUAAGGGCAAGGUUUUGAAUCUUAACUUAGUGACAUUGGUUGACAAAAUCUUCCAUACUACCUAAAUAUGUACUCUACUGUAAUAUAAUCUUACCUACCUAGAGGGUGUUCCGAGGUUCAACACCUCCGUGGCCCGGUUCAAUACCAGGACUCCUUAUAAUAUUUAUAAAACAUAAGUUGUUUGUUUAUACACAUUUCAGUGUGGUGGUGUCAGGUUUAGCACUAAAUUUGAUUAUUUCUUUUAACACACUGGCUGUCUCCCACUGAGGUAGGGUGACCCAAAAAAAAGAAAUACUUUCAUCAUCAUCAUUCACUUCAUCACUAUCUUGCCAGAGGCUUGGCAAUAUCACACUUAAGAUGCCUCCCCCCAAAUGGCAAAUAUCCCCACCUCUCCUUCAAAGUGCAGGCACUGUACUUCCCACCUCCAAGACUCAAGUGUGGAACUUGAGACAUAAAGCAACACGUGCGUGUGCACAAAAAAAAAAAAAAAAAAAAAAACUUUUAAUGUAAAAUUCCAGCACAAUGUUA